AUGGACUCAGGUGCAGGCACCCCCGAGGCCGAAACCCCCACCACCACUUGGUUCCCCGACCAGCACGAGGUCGCGGACAUCGAGCGCCAGUGUGAGGAGGAGCUUGCUCAAGCGCAACACACGCCACCACCAUCGCCACCGCCUAAUGUUGGCACGUGGACUUCACUACGCCUAGGCACUUUCAAUAACCGCCUCAACAAACGGCUUGAGGAGCGUGCUCAAUGGAAACACCGCCGCAUGUUCAGUCGUUAUGACCACGCCUUACCCACUAAAGAAGUGCUUGACCUAGCUAAUCAAGUGUUUGGCUUUGACGGGUGGCUGCACCGCGUGGUGAGCUCUACUCCCCUAGAUAUUGAAGUGGAAAAAAGAGAAAAUCAAGAAGAUUUGAUCGUGGCUCGUAUACAAGUGAACGUCGAGGUAUGGUUCUAUGACGGUACAGCAAUGAUGGUGGAAGGGUUUGGUGUGGGGCGUUCCACACAUAGGGGCGUGGCGAUCGCUACCAGCCGCCACAGUGCAAUGAGCGACGCCAUUAAAAGCGCUUUUCUCAGCUUACAGGAUGAGGCUACGUUCGCCGACAUGUACAUCGCCCACGACCACCGUCUCGAACCAGAAGAAAACGUCGAUACCAGUUAUGAUCACGCGGGGUUUAUUACCUCUAUAUAA